AUUUGGCCUGCUAAUUACUCUGAAGGUUUAAGCAGAUGUAGGGAUUCUGUGAUGUCACUAACCGAUCCUCACUUCCGUCUUUUCCCCAUCCGCUGUCUGGAUGGAGUGCUAAAGAGAGGUGGACGUAGAGGUAAAGGGGUCGGUUUUGUGCCAGCGACUUCUCCGUUCCUACGGGAGAGAGCCAACUCCUCUUUUCUUGCCCCCUCUAUCAGAGGGCAAGAUGGCACGUGACAUGUCUGAUAUCGACAUCCUCAAGAUGGAGCUGCAACAGCUCCAGAAAGAGGUGAAAAACGAACGUGAGCCAGUCUCGAAGACGGCCAAGGAGCUGGUUGAAUGGGUCGAAGCCAAUUCUGCUGAAGACAUCCUGCUCAAGGGUGUGCCAGAGGAUAAAAACCCCUUUAAGGAGAAGGGUGGCUGCAUAAUAACCUAGCCCGGGGAUGGGUGCCCCGGGUUCAAAUGCAACAAGACUUGUUCUCUUUGUGCCUUCUAUGGCACAAUUUCAGCAAAUCUAUAGGCACUGUAAUUAUUUCUCUAUGCAUAUUUAUAUAGAUAGAAGCAAAUUCUCACAUCAAUUAGGUAUGGCUGACUGCAACAACAUCUUUUCCAAAUCCGUAGCUGAUGUGGGUAAGAAUAGUAUCAAUGAAACCCUGGUCUUUGGCUGAACUACUUUGCAAGGGUGUUUUAUCUAGAAAGAACUCUGAAGCAUACUUCUUUUCACUUGACUUUUUGUAGCAGGCAGGAGAAUGCCCAAAUGUGUCCCCCACAUCCAUCUGUGUAUAUCU